CUGGCAGUAUCCUGGUGAUUUAUUGAUAAUUUACCAUCGAUCAGUCGUAAUCUGCCGUUGGUUAGUGUCAAAUUUGCAGUUCAAGUGUUAUAAUCGCCAUCAUGGCUGGCUACGAAGAUUAUUCUACCUAUGAAAAUACCACUUGGCAUAUCAUUCCCCCGGAUUACAUACAUUUGGAGGAAGAGUAUAGGUAUCCGUUACUAGAUACAAUGAAAAUGACUGGUUCUGGCAAUCAAAGACAACCAGCCAGUUUUGCAAUAAGUGAUAUUUUAGAAUUAGACAGACAUAAUAGUGAAGAAAUAGAUCCUAUAACUGCUGAUACCUCAGUUUAUCCAACACACCAAGACCUUUCAUAUUCAUCAAGACACCAAUGGCUACAAAUGGCCGAUCCAGGAAUAAAUCCGAUUCAACCACAUCUUACGAUUCCUCCACAUCCUUCUCAAUUGAGUCCGGAUAGUACGAGUCCAUCGAUUUCGGAAAGAUCGAGUGUUCCACCAGAUAACCCUCUUGCAGACUCUAGCGUAACAAAUCCUCUUAACCAAGCUCCGUCUUCUAUGGGAACAAUAAGUGAGGGCGAAUUAGAGGAUCAAGACGAACUUAAAGAAGAAAGCGAACAACAACCUGGAAGUCAGAAAAAAAGAAAACGAAGGGUUUUAUUUUCGAAAGCUCAAACUUACGAAUUGGAAAGGAGGUUUCGACAACAACGAUACUUAUCGGCACCAGAAAGGGAACAUUUGGCUUCUAUAAUUAGACUCACACCUACGCAAGUUAAAAUAUGGUUUCAAAAUCAUAGAUAUAAAACCAAAAGAGCUCAGCACGAGAAAGGGAUGCACGACCAACAAAAUAAUCCCAUGCCUUCUCCUAGGAGAGUAGCUGUACCUGUAUUAGUCCGCGAUGGUAAACCAUGUCUGGCUGGUAACCAAAAACAUGAUAAUAUUCCAAUACCAAAUCCAAUGAUGAUGGGAAAUCACACAUCACAUGCUUUACUCUACGGUCAACCUAGAGUGUGGUGGUAAAACAUAUCAUUAAGGCAGACAUUUUAUAAAAAUGGAAUAACUCUUUAUCCCUGUAGAGGUAUUGUUAGAAAUCUUGAUAUUUGGAGCUUUUACAGAAAUUUGAAUAAGUAAUGAACACAUUAAAUAUUAUUUUUUAUUGUUUUUCGAUGUACUUUCGUUAUUGUCAUUCAAUGGACUAGAUAGAUCAUUGGGAAAAACUUUAUCAAAAUUAUUAUUUCCAAAACUAAUUAUUCACAUAAUUACAGUAUAUAUACUCAAAUUUGCAAGGAAAAUAAAGCUAUUUUGAAAAGAUUUAAUAUUAGAAAGUUUAUUUUUUGUUUAUGUUCUGAUGCAGAACAUUUCCUUUAUUCACUCUAUUAGUAGACUUUCUUGUUUUAAAUUUUCAAACUAUUUCCAGCUCGUAUGCCCGUUCCUAUUUAUUUAUUUUCUUCAAUCUUCAUUUUUCCUUAUAAUUCUUCGAGUGAAUAGUCCAUUUUUAAAUUCUCGCCUGCACAUUUUUUGUUUGUUUGAUCCCUGAGUGAAUCCACAAUCCAGCGACACAACUUAAUUUUAAUGCUAAAUGUACUUAGAACGAACAAAGUCUGUUUAAACUUAAAAACUAAAUAUAAAAUGAAUAUAUUUAUUGUUUCUGGUUUUCUAUUUUUAUUAAAAAAGAUCACUUCAACGACAAUAAUUAAUUGAAAUUAACUUCCACAUAAAUAUGAAUAUUUUUUCACAAUUACGUACUUUUGGGGACUUUUACAUUCGACGAUACUUAAUGUAUAGAUAUAUUAUAUGUUCAGUAUUAACUACACCUUGAGGCUAAUCUCAUCUGUUUAACUCACGUAUUCAAAAUGGAAUGAUUAACAAGUCAAAAUAUUCCAAAUAAUCCUUCUUAUAACGUCUAGCGUAUAAUGCGAAAUAGAGACUCCUUAAAAAAAUACGGUGUAAACACACUAAUAACUUAUCUUAAUCAAAAUCACAUUUUCCUUGUAAUUUUCCCCCUACUUUUUCACAAAUUUCAGUAAGAACCUAAACAAAAGUAAUUUUGGUAGUAUAAUUCUCACAAAUUUACUGAAGUUAUAUGAUUUAAUGUAUAACAAGCUUCUCUGUUCUCUUUUGAAGAUGAAUUAUAUCAGUUUGGGAUCGUCUUAUAUUUUUCUAAAUUUUACAAUCAACAAUUUUCCUACGAAUCAAGGAAGUAAAUGAAGCUUUUCAUUGAAUAGCAAUUAGUUCUGUUAAAAACACGUUUACUUCUUCGAUUGACCUCUAGAACUAAAAAUUUCUUUGCUCGCUGUUGCUGUAACCAACUGCCCUCAUAGUAAUCUCUAAUUUAAAAGCUUUCAAAAGUAGAAUUGUCAAAAAGUUCAACGUUAAACUUUCUAUUUGUAUCCUAAGAUAAACCAAAUUAAUUUUUCUACAUCAGCCGUACGUAACAUAUAGGAAAAGAAGAUCAAAUUCAAAUUCAGUGGUCCCGUGGCAAUAAUCGUCACUUGUUGAGAUUUUGUUAGGAUAUAUAAAGCUGGAAUCUUUUUAUAGUUGUUUUAGUUAUUAUUGAAUUUUGUUUGGGAGAUAUGAUUUUAUUAUCGGUUGGACCUGAUAUAGGAGUUUUUUCCUCUGGAGAGAUAGAGCUGAGAGGUUUUUUGGGUUUUGUUUUCGCUUGCUAUUUGUUGCUGGUAAAAUUAAGAAUCAAAAUUGAAACGAUAAUGGUUCGCUAGAGCGAAGUAUUCUAAUGUGAGAGAGCAAGCAGACGAGCCAGUACAGCUGCAUUAUUUUCUAUCGGCAAUAGGGAAACCGUCGAGUAAGGUAAGGAAAUAUUCGGAUUGACGAGAGUGUUUUCUGCUGUAUUUUUGCCCUUUUCGACAGUACGAAUUUGCAACACGCUUAGAUAGCUCGAAUUGAGAGCUAUGCCUAUAUUGGUAUAAAGACAAAAGCCUUUCUAAUAUGCGAUUAAGUAAGGGGCAGUAAACGUUCUCUUUUAUUCGAUUAUUUCCUCCGAGUGACUUGAUGAGAUUUAUUCGCCUCCGUACUCUGUCUAUAGUAGAAACGGCUUUUGUUUUUGGAUAUUCAGUGUCAUCCUCUAUCGCCAAGACCAAUUCCAGAAUCGCAUCAGGAGAUUUUGGUUUGGACGUCGAGUGAGCGAAUAUCGGAGGCUGAAAAAAUGAAUGGGACUGUUUCUAAAGGCUGUCGACGUAUUAGAGCAUGAUAAGUAUAAAUUAUGUGCAGAAAGGGAAUUAGUAUGUAGCUUUUUGGAAAGAUUAUCAUGAGAGUAAAUUAUCAAAAUUAAAUGUUUAUGGAAAAGUAGAAUAUAUUGGAGGAAUGUUCAGUUUGAUACGCGUAAUUUAAGAACGUUCAUAAUAAAAUAAUUUUCCUCGGAAUCGCUCAAAAAACUUAAAUACAUAUGUUAAUAAGACUUUUAAAUGUAGAAUCUUUUUUCUUACCUCGUGGCAGUGCAGAAUAUAGACUAUUUUGGAUUUACGUGUAUAACUUUAGAAUUGAAAAAUUCACGUAUACCAACGUUUUUCAUGAUUCACAAGUAAAUAUCCAACGAUUUCAUUCCAUAAAUGGUGUCCUCAUUGUGUAUGUUUUCUCGUUAGAUCAGAGGAACUCUACAUUUAAUUGUUUUCUCUGGAUUUUGAUCCAAUUACAUAUCCAUACAGUAAAUAGCAGAAUUGAACAAUAGUGUGUGAUCAAUAGAUUUUUUAAGAUUUUCACUUCUUAGAUCGUUUUAUAGGUUUUUGUUAAUAAAUCGUCUUGAUUUUAGGUCUCUACCGAUUGAAAAUUAGUUUUUGGGAAAGGUAAAAAUAUUGAGAAAUGUUCAAUCAGAACAGACUUAAAAUCACAAUAAUUAAUCAACAAAAUUAUUACAAACUUGAGAACUAUUCCACAUAUAACAAUUAAAAUAAUUUUUGAGUAUAAAGUAUGAAUCAUCGGCAAUACAAUCAAUAUAUUCAUAUUAGAGUUUUUCCCGAAUGGUUUGUUUGAGAAAGAUUCGUGAAUGAGCUUUCAUUCAAUAUAAUAUUCAUUGUGGGUUGAUGUUAUUAUUUUUGGAUCGUGAUGGUUCUAUAAAAAGUCGAACCAUGCUGUAAAAUACCUCCGAAUAUCAAUUCAACUUUAUUUUUUUCAGAAAAAUGAUAUAAAAAUCAAAUUAUUAUCAAAAUGGAAAAAUAUAAUGUAUGCGUACAUACUUUUAUAUUGAGAUAAGACUUUUUUUGUACGUGGUAUCACGACAGAUCAAUUUUUAAGGAUUAUUAAUACUGAAACCAGUGGUGUACAAAUCAAUAACUAAAAAUCGUGAUUUGAAAAGGAAAUGAAGAAAAUAACUGAAACAAAACUGGAAAUUAUCGAUCAAAUGAUGAAAAUCAAGUUAAAAUUUUCACUGAAUAACUAUUAAAUCAUAAGAGUCAAUUAGUAGCGCAAUCAUUCAAUUAUAUGAUAGUAUAACAGUAUAGAUUCAAAAAAAAAUUAAUUUCCAUAAAUAUGAUGUUUGUGAACGGUUUUUACAGAUAAUAUUUUUCCAGUUUUUAGUUCCUUUAAUUUCUAGAUUUCUAUACAUCUACAUUUCUAGUUUACAUCACCCAAUAUGAUUUAUUGAUUUUAAGUAUACUUCUAUAAAGUGUUACAUUAUGAUUUCCAGGUUUCAAUACAUUUAUACAUUUAAUUGAAUUUUGUACGUCACCCAUCGACUUUUGUCCUAUAUUAAACUUUUAAAAAUGAUUCUUUAAAGUCAGAGAUAUCUUUAUAUCUUAUAUAUAGAUAUAUUUCCAUCCAAAAUGCAAAAUUUCAUUAGUUUUUUCAGUAAGAGGUCGUUCAUAGGAAUGCAAAUCUAUCGCAACCAAAUUUCCACUACUGAAACGUUCAAACUAAUUAAGCACGGUACGAUAAUUUUUUAUAACAUCUUCACUGUAAAAAGCAUCAUCAUCAUCAUAUUUGUGAUAAGUUGUAGCCAUUUUAAAUCGAGGGAAUACAUCACAGUGAAUUUAUUUGUAAAUUCUAUUCAUUUUCAAGUGGUUAAAAACUUCUAACAGAAACACUGACUAGCAAAACUCUCUUCAUAUAAAUAUAACCUCAAAUGUUAUUUGUGAAACUUGUAUCGAGUUUUAUCCUUUUAUUCUAAUAGAAUUAUUUAGAUUAGUAGUGGUUCCUGUUAUAGAGGAUAUUUAUAAGUAUUAAUAACUAUUUUUAUUUGAAUAUAAAUUUUCGCAGUUUCGGAAUUGAUGUUUUCUUCAAUUCUUCAAACUUAAUUUCAAAUUUCCCGUUUUUAAAUAUUCUUACAACAGUGGAUAGCUGGACUUGAAAUGAAGCGCUUUCGUGACAAUAACUCGUUUACUUCAGCAAUUGUUGGCUUUCCUUACUUGUUCUCAAAGUGCCUCAACGAUACAACUAUUUCACUGUUGAAAAUUUUACAUUUUUCAGAACACAAUGUUAUCUAGUAGAUUGAACUAUUGAACUAACUUUUACUAUUUACAGUUUGCGACUGUUGUUGACAGAUUAGUUUUUCGGAAACGUUGCAAAUCCCGUUUGUGAUUUUCAUAGAUCGAAUAGCAGCUUGUUGGUUUCUUUAACGUAUUUUCAAAAGUGGCUUCAUCAAUAAACAAAAUGUUUUUAAAUAUUGUAUCUACAUCAUUUCAUUCACAAAUAAUAUUUUUCUCUACGAUUAUUUUUCAGCUUUUUCCUAAAAAAAUAUUUGAAACAUGAUUUUAUCUAACUACAGUAACGUUUGCUUGAAUUAUCUCAUGAUAUUUGUGCAGUCAUUUGGUUUGAUUAUUAUUCAAUUAACUCCUAGUUUUAAUUGAGACAUUUUUUUAUCUAACUGUACACCACUGGUAUCAUUUAUUUUUCUGUUGAUACUAAAAACUUAACAAAAUGGUGUUUGAGAAAAAUAUAUAUAAUUUUUAGAUACGUAUCUUCCUAUCUUAAAUUUGAUUUGAAUUCAAUCGUUUUACAUUGACGUAUAAUGUUUUAAUUAUACCGAUAUGCGUUUAAUAUUUGAACAGAUAAAUCUGCAGAUUAGAUUUUUAUGGAAACUAAAUAGUAGAUUUUUCUGAUUACAUUGUUACUUUUAUGAUUUAGCAGCAUAGGACUUUAAUUUUUGUCUAUUACUCAUGAGUAAUCCCAACUAGUAAAAUUUUUCAUAAUAGAAUUAGUGCAUACAGGUACCUAAAGCUCUUUUCCAAAAUAUUUCAUACGUACUUAAAUACACAAAAAACAAGAUGCUAGUUACUGAGGCUAGUAAGGUAAUUUUUACUACAAAAACUUUGGUGUUUGUACUCAAAAAGACCAAAUUUUUCACAUGAUUAUACUUAUAUUCUAAUACUUCAUAAAUGUUUUCGAUGUACCUAGUGCAAAUAACAAUUUACAUAUUUGCAAUUUUUACAUAAUAACUAAUAUCCAUAACUAAAAAAAUAUUUUGCUAGGUGACUAAAUAUGUCUGAAAAUCAUUUUUUCAAUUUUUUCAAUAGUUAUAGUAUCAUUUAGAAUAUAUACUACAUAAGGUAAAUCAAUGGGCCCGGUUUUUUGCAACCAUCUCUUGAACUAAAAUAUGACUGUCUCACUAAAAUUUAAAAAUUGGAAAACUUCAUUGAUAUAAUGAUAUAUUAUGUGAUUUUGCUAGUUGAGGAUAGAUUUCGGAUAUUAAGGUUUUGUCUUUUAUAUGUGUUGCAAUAGCAUAUAAUCUUACUUUUUACCUCUAUUCACUUUGUAUUAAAAUUUUGAUGGUAUAAAGCAUAAUAUAAAAAAUUUCAUAAAACUUCAUACGAUAAGAAACAAUCUUUGUAGGUUGUUUUCUCGUUAUAUACACUUCAUACGUUUAGAACACGAAGAAAGUAAUCUAAGUGAAAGCAAUAAAAAUGAGGCGACAUUUGUACAUCACUUUUUGUGAGAUACUACCAUAAAAUAUCAAUGAGGCCUUCACUUUCAAAAUUUCAAAAUUUAACUAUCAUAAUUUUAUUCGAAAUAGAAAUUCAAUCUUUAUUAUUAUUCGGGUUCCUUUUUAUUUGAUCCAUUGUCGGUUUCAAAAUAUAUAAUAAAUGCCUAAUCAACUAAUGUAUCCAUCGAUACCUUCAACAAAUGAUGAUAGACUGUGAUUAAGUAUUUGCUAGUUCCGUUAACACCAAAUGGAAAAUAGGUUUGAGCAACACUUUUACAAAGUUUAAAUGAACACACAAAGACUUCAUUAAAAAUACAAUUAAUUGCACACAAUCGAUGGAUAUUUAGCUUUUUAGUUAGUUCGAAACGCGUCAUGAUUAAAGGUUCAUAAUAUCACUUCCAAAGUUCACUGUUAUUACACCAAAAUGGUGUAAUUACUUAGGAAUAAGAAAUUUUUGUAAUGAAUAUUUAGAACAAAAGAUGGUCUCCCUUCGUUUUUUUUUAAAUAGGAGAUAAUACGCUACUUUAAUCGAGCUGUGUUUUAGAUAUACCAUUUAUUUAUAUUGUCAAGUGCAUAACUUUGCAUGAAAUGAUUAUAAAUAGAUAAAUUUUCUACGAGACAUUUUGGUAAGGAAUAUGAUUCCCAAAGAACCACAUUUUUGUUGUUUUUAAUUGUUUUAUAGCCUUUUUUUGCUGGACAUAAUCAAGUUUAAAUGUUUCUUAGUAACGAGCCCAUGUCUCGCCCAAAUAAGCUCAGGUAGGUAGUGAUAUAGUGCAGAUCCCACUUUUUUUUGUCCAUUACAUAAAUUAAAUGUAGUAUUUGAGAGAAACAAAGGAUUUCUUUAUAUAAAGGGAGUAUGCUGCUUUCAGUUUUCUGCAAUUGUUAGUUGAAAAACCAUAACAUAGGUGACGUUAUGUACAAAUUGUAAUUUAUUGUAAUCUUUGAUAAACUUACAUACAAUUUAAAGCCAUGUACAAACCCUUCAUCAACUUCAAUAUAGGAUAUUAUUAGAAGGAGACCUUUCACAAUUGGAUACUAGGCUUUAUAACCGAUUUGUAUCACUAGAUAAUAAGUAUAUGACGUUCAUUCAGUCAAGCUUAAUCUAUAUAGAAUAUCCGUUUCCCCUGUAAUAUAAAGUAUAAACAUACCUUCUUUUUCCAUUAUUGCUAAUCUUCCAUCUUGCGACUCCCAUUGGAAAUUAAAUUCAUGUUUAUUAAUUAUUAACUGAGGCUAAAACUUCUUCGAUUAUCAGUAUUUUAAAAGCUUUUGAUCUUAAACUAUGAUGCUAAUGGUACAUGUUGGGAAUAACUAUGAACAUACUUUUAAACUUUAAUGAAUUAAUUCACUUUUUUGCUUCUUUGCGGUCAUAUAAGCUAGUGGAAAGAGUUUUCCAAUAAGGAUUAUUAUUUACCACCCCACUUCUAUGGGUAAUACCUCUAUUUCAUACUAUUAAUAGCCGGAAAUUGGAAUAAAUCAUUUUAUAUCAUGAAAAAACUGUUGUAUUUGAAGAUUAAUCUUAUUUCUAUUGCUUUCACGACAAACAAAUGAACUAUAAGUGUGUAUUUUGCUCAUACGGUAACAGAAGGUAAUUUUUCAACUAGAGGUGAAGAUGAUCAAAGUGGAGAUUGAAUAAAUAUUUUUAUUAGAACCUCAGUGAUGAAAAUUUAUAUUCGCAUUUCUAUCAAGUUUUCCAAGUAAUAAUCAGACAUUUCUUUUCUUUUAAAAAUAUUUAUUUAUAAUGGUCUACAGCUUCUUUGGAUGAGUAUAUACUUACUACCUCCAAGUAAUAUAUAUUUAUACUUUUAUUUGUUAACUAAAUAUAUAAAAAAGUAGUCUAAUGGUGUAAAGUUUAUUGCAACUGAAAAAUACAAUAAUUUCAUAAUUUUCAAGAUUCUAGUCAAUUGUAUUUUUCAAAAACCAGUUGUAAUCCAUUCUUCUAUUUGUACGUAGAUAUUUGUAUUAAUGUUGUGUAAAUAAGAAAAAUAGAAAUGUAUAUGUGUAAAUAAUUGAUGGUAGAUUUAUGUAUAGACUAGAUAAGAUAUAAAAAACUUAAUUGACUGUUUUAUCGCACUGUACUUGUUUUUCUCCUGGUGUACAAAUAUAAUUUAUUAAAAUAAAUAAAAGACGUUCUAUUAUGAAACUAACAA